AUGGAGCGGGCGCGCGGGCUGCGGGCCGAGGCCAUCGCGCCUGAGGACGAGGAGGAGGAGGAGGAGGAGGAGGUGGGGGCAGCUAUGGCUGCCGCGGUGGUGGCGGCGGCGGGUGGCGCGGGUCCGGCGGUCCUGCAGGUGGCUGGCCUCUAUCGGGGCCUGUGCGCGGUGCGCAGCCGCGCCCUGGGCCUGGGGCUCGUGUCACCCGCGCAGCUGCGCGUGUUCCCGGUGCGCUGCGCCUCUCGCCAGCCCGCGGGGGGCGCGGACGGCAGCAGGGUCGGGGCCGAGCUCGAGGCCAACCCUUUCUACGACCGCUACCGCGACAAGAUCCAGCAGCUGCGCAGGUCUGACCCAGCUGCUUUUGAGUCCCGACUGGAGAAACGCAGUGAGUUUCAGAAGCAGCCAGUGGGGCACUCCAGGCAAGGUGACUUUAUCAAAUGUGUGGAACAGAAGGCAGACACUUUGGGGAAACAGCCUAUGAGCAGAGGAUUCACUAAAGACAAGACUCUCAGUUCAAUCUUUAACAUUGAGAUGGUGAAAGACAAAACUGCAGAAGAAAUAAAGCAGAUUUGGCAGCAGUAUUUUGCAGCAAAAGAUACAGUGUACGCAGUUAUUCCUGAAAAGAAGUUUGAUUUGAUCUGGAACCGGGCUCAGUCCUGUCCAACAUUUCUGUGUGCACUACCAAGAAGAGAAGGCUAUGAGUUCUUUGUAGGACAAUGGUCAGGCACUGAACUCCACUUCACUGCACUUAUAAAUAUUCAGACCCGAGGGGAAGCUGCAGCCAGCCAGCUGAUUUUAUAUCACUACCCUGAACUUAAGGAAGAAAAGGGCAUAGUACUGAUGACAGCAGAAAUGGAUUCUACGUUUCUGAACGUUGCUGAGGCGCAGUGCAUUGCCAACCAAGUCCAGCUCUUCUAUGCCACUGAACGGAAGGAGACCUAUGGAUUAGUGGAGACCUUUAACUUCAGACCAAAUGAGUUCAAAUAUAUGUCUGUCAUCGCUGAAUUGGAGCAAAGUGGACUUGGAGCAGAAUUGAAAUGUGCCCAGAACCAGGAUAAGACUUAGAGCCGUAAGAGUUGGCUCCUUACAGAGUCUGCUCAGCUCUGGAUAGUCUGGAGCUCACCCAUUCCCUUGAACUCCCAGGAGCUCAGCAUCUAUAAUGUGCAGUCUCUGAGGAGUUGCCCUGUAUGCUUAUGCAAGAAGUAAUCAUGGAGGUGAACCCUAUUACUUAAUAUUCAGGAACAAAGGUAGCCAAACAUUCUGAUAAUUAUCUCAGCAUACUUGAGGUUCCCUUUUUAAGUGUUUGAGGUCAUAGUCAGAGAUAGCCAAGGAUCCACAGAAUGGUUGACUUAAUUUUACAUAGUGUAACAUUUUGUUACAAGGGCUUUUGCAUUGUGGAUAUUUUCCAAAUGCCUGUAGUUCCUCAUCUUUAUAAACUUGUGACAGGAUAAGCUUGAAGACCUGCUAUCGUUAUAUGUGGGCUUUAUGUCCUCUUUUCAGGUGCCAGUUAGUUGGCCAAAAGCAAAACCCAAAUAUCCUGUUUAGACUCUGGAACAACCAGCCAUUGCCAUCAGGAGUAAGACUUCAUCUAGACGCCCCCAGAGUUGCCUUUAGUGUAGCUGGUUUGAAGCAUCAGUAGAUUCCAGGCAUACUUAAAUACACAGGUACAGUGCCUGCAUAUUUUUAAACCAUGGUUUGUGGCACCUGCUCCUCUAACUCUGCCUUUUAAAAGCUGUGUAUUUGGAGUGUAGUGUAAAUAAAUCAACUUUUUUGUAAGGAAGGCUCAGUCCAGAUUUGCAUGUUUUUGUGAUGUUGGGUGUUUUUUUUAAACAACUCUAAGCCAUGCUAGUAUUAUAUGAAAAAGUGGGUGGAAGCAAAUGUUCCCAGAUUGGAAGUGGAGAAAAUAUAGCAAUAGAAUAAAGUCUGGCUUACAAUCUUUGUUACGCUCAACAGUGAAAUCUAAGCUGUGUGCUAUUGUGUCAGUGAUAUGAGCUGAUUUGAUCACAACUUACCUUUGAACUCAGUAGUUGUUGAAACACCAAAAAUGAGAAAGGAUAUCUCCAGCGCUGGACACUCCCAUGUAGUUUGUAGUGUCACUGUGGUGGCUCCAAGCUCAGUGAUAGAGGAGGGUGGUGGUUACACACCAGCCUUUUGAACCUGCAGUCCCAGCCCCCCCACCAUUAUUGUUAACUGCCUCUGCUAUGCCUUUCCUUUUCCUGCUCUGACACGCUCUACUUUGCUGCUGCCCGAGAUCUGGUUGUACGAGACUGAAUAGGGUGAAUGGGAAUGGAACCAGUACUUACAGAGUCUGUGUAUGUUUUUCUUCAUUACAGGUUGGGCCUGUCCCCAAGUUCUUUAAAUGGGGUUGGACUUCCAUUAUUUUCUGAGCUGUGUCUUUUUUGUUGUACCUCUGAGUCUGUGUAUAGAGACAGGUAGUGUUUGUUUAACCUGGAAAAGCUGCUACCCUUUCACAAUUUCUCUGGAGACAGAGCUGUUUCCUAAUGCAAAUUCUGGACCUACCUCUGGUCCUGACAGUUAAUUUUUUAAGAAACUUGAGUUUUGAUGUUUUGAGUCCCAGGAAUCUUUAGCAUCAGGUGGUGUUGCUAUUAUAAGUAUCUAUGUUUGCUUUUCUAUUCAGAUGGACUCAGUUCCUAGCCAUAGAACAUUUUCAUAACACCUCCACCAGAGGGUGAGAAAAUGAUAGGGGGGGACUGGCUGCUCAUUUUAUUGUUCCUCCCAGCUUUGCCCUAAACCCCCACUUGCCAAGAAAGGAUGUAUCCAUGGACAGUUACACUGGACAUGACCAAAGCACCAUCUGGCUGUUCUUUAUAUUUACCUAGCAAGAUCUGGCAAAGAACUAAAAGAAAAUUGUAACAUAAGUCAGUAAAUUCAUCUGCUGAUGCAACAUGGUGUUAUAGAAAGUGGAUAGUCUUUAAAGUCGAAUGAAUCUGGAUUCAGAUGUCAGUAUUGCAAUUCAUUAGUCUAUAAUAUUGAACAAAUGAUUUAAACUCUCUAAUUCUGUUUAUUCAUCUGUAAAAUUAGAAUAAUAAUAAUAUCUACCUCAUAGGAUUAUUGUGAGCAUUAAUUAAUUAGAAUACAGUAGAGCUUAGUAAAUGUCAACUCCCUCCCUCUUGUCUACUUCCCCGCCUAUCAUUAAAGACCAACACAAAUUAAGAUGUGCAUAUCAUUCUUCAUUCCAGUUGAACAAGCAAACCUUAUCUCACAGGUUCUCGAACUUUAAGUUGAAGUAGAAUUACCUUGAAC